AUGGCUCCAAGCUACAUCAAGGUCCCCGGGCGGGAUAAUGAUGAUACGGGCCUUACGCCCAGGAGCGCACACAUGGCGACGACUACUUUGCGCGUUGGUGGAAUGACGUGCGGAUCAUGCACGUCAGCUGUUGAAGGCGGCUUCAAAGGCGUCAAGGGCGUCGGCACCGUCUCCGUCAGUCUCGUCAUGGAGCGCGCCGUCGUCAUGCAUGAUCCCCAGCUUAUCAGCGCUGAGCAGGUCCGAGAGACCAUUGAGGAUACUGGAUUCGACGCCGAGGUGCUGUCCACAGACCUGCUCAGUCCGCUUGUCCCUCGAUUCUCGGAUGUCAAGGGAGAUGAGGAUCUGGAUAGCGGGUUGCUAACGACAACAGUCGCCAUUGAGGGCAUGACGUGCGGUGCCUGUACUUCUGCCGUCGAGGGCGGCUUCAAAGACCUCCCAGGAGUCAAAAGCUUUAGCAUAUCUCUUCUUUCUGAGCGAGCCGUCAUCGAACACGACCCAGAGCUUCUGCCAACCGAGAAGAUCGCCGAAAUCAUCGAAGACCGCGGCUUUGGCGCCGAAAUAGUUGAUUCCGCGAAGGCGCAACCCGACAGCAGUACCAAGGCCGAGAACCCAUCCAAUUCCAUCGCUACUACAACUGUAGCUAUCGAGGGAAUGACAUGUGGCGCUUGUACUUCUGCUGUCGAGGGAGGCUUUCAAGGAGUCGAGGGCGUGUUGAAAUUCAACAUCAGUCUUCUGGCCGAGCGUGCAGUCAUCUCUCACGAUGUCACAAAGCUCUCCCCAGAGCAAAUCUCCGAAAUCAUCGAGGAUCGCGGUUUUGAUGCCACGGUUUUGUCCACCGUAUACGAUACUAACGACCUAGGCAAUGCAAUUACCACUUCUCAGUUCAAGAUUUUCGGUAGCCCUGAUGCUGUCGCUGCAAAGGCACUCGAGGAUUCGCUGACAGCUCUUCCUGGUAUCAAAUCUGCUUCUCUUAGCCUGGCUACGGAGCGCCUUUCCGUCACGCACCAACCUGCCGCCAUUGGGCUUCGAGGAAUUGUCGAAGCAGUGGAAGCGCAAGGUCUCAAUGCCUUGGUUGCGGACAGCCACGACAACAACGCCCAGCUCGAGUCACUGGCCAAAACUCGAGAGAUUACCGAAUGGAGGACAGCAUUCAAGGUUUCCGUUGCGUUUGCUCUUCCGGUAUUUUUCCUCAACAUGAUAAUACCUAUGGCUCUACCAAGCAUAGACAUCAACAAUAUCCAGCUGUGUACUGGACUCUAUCUCGGCGAUGUGGUUUGCCUGCUCCUCACGAUACCCGUUCAGUUUGGCGUCGGGAAGCGAUUCUAUGUUUCGGCCUACAAAUCACUCAAGCAUCGUUCGCCGACGAUGGAUGUCCUCGUCAUGCUCGGUACAUCGUGUGCUUUCUUCUUCAGCAUUUUCGCCAUGAUAAUUUCUUUAGUCUUGCCCCCGUACUCUAAGCCCGGUACGAUUUUCGAUACUAGCACUAUGCUCAUCACCUUUGUGACUCUUGGCCGCUACCUCGAGAACCGCGCCAAGGGCCAAACGUCAAAGGCUCUGUCUCGUCUCAUGUCUCUGGCCCCGUCGAUGGCAACCAUCUACGCGGACCCCAUUGCCGCAGAGAAGGCAGCCGAAUCAUGGGCCAAGUCAACCGAGGAAUCCACCGACACCACGGCCCAACGUUCUGGAAAUGCGAAUGGCUCAGCACAUGAAGAGAGGAACAUCCCAACGGAGUUGCUCCAGGUCGGCGACAUUGUCGUCAUUCGACCAGGUGACAAGAUCCCAGCAGACGGUAUCCUUGCCCGGGGAGAAACCUAUGUCGACGAAAGCAUGGUAACCGGAGAGGCUAUGCCCGUGCAGAAGCGUAUCGGAGACAACGUGAUCGGAGGUACCGUCAAUGGCAACGGCAGAGUGGAUUUCCGUGUCACGCGAGCCGGUCGUGAUACCCAGCUCAGCCAGAUUGUGAAGCUUGUCCAAGACGCCCAGACUACAAGAGCGCCCAUUCAAAAGGUAGCCGACACUCUGGCAGGCUACUUCGUGCCUACGAUUCUUCUCCUCGGUCUCCUCACAUUCAUCGGAUGGUUGAUCCUCAGCCACUGGAUGGACCACCCUCCCAUGAUUUUCCUGGCCGGUAACAGCGGUGGCAAGCUCAUGGUGUGCGUCAAGUUGUGCAUCUCUGUGAUUGUCUUUGCAUGUCCUUGUGCUCUUGGUCUCGCCACGCCGACUGCCGUUAUGGUAGGCACCGGCGUGGGAGCGGAGAAUGGCAUCCUCAUCAAGGGCGGAGCUGCGCUGCAGCAAACGACCAAGAUCACUCAAGUCGUAUUGGACAAGACUGGCACAAUCACCCGCGGCAAAAUGAGCGUUGCCAAGAUGGAUUUGGUCUCCCAAUGGAAUAGCGAAUCGCAAAAGAAGAUCUGGUGGGCCGCCGUUGGUCUUGCGGAGAUGGGCAGCGAGCAUCCUAUUGGCAAGGCCAUCUUGGUAGCAGCAAAAGAGGAACUCUCAAUCUAUGAGCUUGAGAGUGCCAUUCCAGGAAGCGUCAACGAUUUCAAGCUUACUGUCGGAAAGGGUAUCAACGCCCUUGUCGAGCCUGCUACUUCAGACAGAACUCGCUACAGGGUCCUGGCCGGAAACGUGAGCUUCCUUGAAGAUAACGGUGUCGAGGUCCCUAAGAGCGCCAUCGAAGCCGCAGAGCAAAUCAACUCGUCUGAAAAGAACACACGAGCCAAGUCUGUUACUGCCGGCACCACCAACAUCUUCGUUGCCAUUGAUGGCAAGUACAGCGGUCACCUUUGCCUUUCGGACACAAUCAAGGACGGAGCUCUUGGAGCCAUCUCGGUGCUGCACCGCAUGGGCAUCAAGACAGCCAUGGUUACCGGAGAUCAACGACCUACCGCCCUGGCCGUGGCCGCCCUUGUUGGAAUUGCUCCCGAGAACGUCUUCGCCGGUGUCAGCCCCGACCAGAAGCAGACCAUUAUUCAGGGACUUCAGGAGGAGGGCGAAGUCGUGGCCAUGGUGGGUGACGGUAUCAACGACUCUCCCGCCCUCGCCAUCGCAGACGUCGGCAUUGCCAUGUCAAGCGGAACGGAUGUCGCCAUGGAGGCCGCAGACGUUGUGCUCAUGCGUCCCGACGACCUGCUCAGCAUCCCAUCCGCCAUCAACCUGACCCGAACAAUCUUCUUCCGUAUCAAGCUGAACUUGUUGUGGGCGUGCAUCUACAACCUCAUUGGACUGCCCAUUGCAAUGGGCUUCUUUCUGCCGCUGGGCCUGCACAUGCACCCUAUGAUGGCCGGAUUUGCCAUGGCCUGCAGCAGCAUUAGUGUAGUGAUUAGCAGUCUCAUGCUCAAAUUCUGGAAGCGACCGCAGUGGAUGGACGACGCCUCCGCCGAAUACAAGGGCGGCCUGCGCUGGAUGAGCGGCACCGGCAUCGUCGGCUGGGCCAAGGAGACGUUUGGAAGACUUCGUAGCAAGAACCGCGAAGAGGGUUACGUGGCGUUGGAGAAUCUAGAGGAGGUUUAA